AUGGAAAUGGAAAUUUGGAGAACUAGCAUUACUAAACAUCUGGGCAGAAAGGUAGUUCGACAUACCGAGAGUUUGAUGGUGGACAUAACAGCGGUGGACAUAGGGAUUAAACCAGGGUAUCUGUAUGAUAUAGGACAGCCUAAUGGUGAAAAGAUUAAAGAGUUACUGCAAGAUUUGAAACAACAACAUCUAAUUAAAAAUAAUCUGAAUGUGUUAGAGAUUGGUAUGGAUUGCUUAAUUGUUAAUGUUGAAGAAUUGAGGAAAAGUGCAUAUUUUAGUGACUGUAAUGAGACAUUGAUUGAUGUAUCAGGGUCUAAAAACAAACCGUGUAUCCGUAGUGACAAAAGUACUGCAUCAGGCAUAAAAGAAGAACUUGAUAAAAUAAUAGAUGUACUGGACUGCAACAAGGUGAAGCUUUUGCCCCACUGCUAUCCUUCUUGUAAUGUAUCCAGCUUAUUUGGUAUGGUUUUGAACUAUCCUGUUGUUUAUUGGUAUGACAAUCUUGAUGGCAAGGGAGAUAAUUGUCUGUCAAUGGAAAAACUGACAAGUGUAAAAGUUGAUUGUCUUCAGAAAAAUGGACCAAAGCCUAAAUCAGUAACAAAAAUAGAUCGUCAUUGUUUGUAUUCAUUCAGUUAUCCAUCUUGCCUUAACUCUGUUUGUAGACCUUUUGUAGACCAAUGGUUUGCUCAACUGAAAGAUAGAGUCCAGCAUCAAAUGGUGUUUACUGAUGUAGAGAUAACAUUUGAAGAAAUUGUUUUAGAAGCUGUUUGUUUAUGAACAACAGAAUUUUACAUAUGUUACCAGUAUACUAAUAUUAAAGUUGUUAAAUAAAUGUUUGCACUUCAUAAAAUAGGUUUAAUGUUCAAAAAGUGUAAAGACAUGAAAUUUCACACUUGAUCUUUAUUUAAAAUUCCUCUCAACUGGUCAUGUGUUGGAUGAAAUUUAAAUUACAGUGAAAAUCACUUAUUACUGAGAGGUUACAUUCAUGUAUGACAUUCUGCAAAUAUUUGGUGAAAUGUUGAUAGCAUUUAUUUCAUUGCAUUGAAUAUUUUUCAGUCUGAAAAUUUCUCAAGUUUUAUCAUUCUUCUGUUUGUGGUCCUGAUGCUUAAAAAUGAAUUGAAUAAACAAAAAAUGAAUUUA